GACAGCCGAAUAUUAGACGGUGCUUAGCGCCGUGCUGGGGAAACAUGUCUGUGUCACUUCACCUUGUAUCAGAGCCGCACCUCCAGCUCACGUUGCUGACUGCCCUCAGCCUCCUGGCAGUCAGGACAAGCCUUUUACAAGUCCAACAGGGUGCUGGAUGUGGACAUACAGUCGUUGGCCCUGAAAGUGGCACCCUGACUUCCAAGAAUUACCCUGGCACUUACCCGAAUCACACCUUCUGUAAAUGGGAGCUGCGAGUUGCAUCAGGGAAGGGUAUCAUUCUGAGGCUUAGUGACUUGGACAUUGAGUACACGGAGGACUGUUCAUCCAGUUCUUUGAAAAUCUAUAGUUCAUCGUCUGCUAAUAUUAGCCAUGGUCCUUAUUGUGGCAACAUGAAUGAGAUCCCUUCACAAAUACAGUUAGCAUCCAGUAUGGUGACUGUGGAGUUCAGAAGCAUCAUUCAUAUAUCAGGAAGAGGAUUUAUGCUCUCUUAUGCCACUACUGAUCAUCCAGACUUGAUUUCCUGCCUGGAUAAAGGGAUUCAUUAUUCUCAGCAACAUUUUACUAAAUAUUGUCCAGCAGGUUGUAAAGAUGUCGUUGGUGAAGUUUGGGGAAACCUUCAACAGGGUUAUCGUGAUACAUCUGUCUUGUGUAAAGCAGCUCUCCAUGCUGGUGCAAUAGCAGAUGAGCUGGGAGGUCAAUUCUCAGCAAUUCUGAACAAAGGCAUCACUCUAUACGAAGCAGCUUCUGCAAAUGGAAUUUUAACUAGAACAGGUUCUUUGUCUGAAAAACGGAUCACAAUCAGGAAAGAUUGCGAUACUGCCUUGAAGACCAGACACUUUAAUGCCUCAUCCUCUUGGAAAGAAAAGAACAACAUUGGAGAGUGGCAUAUCUGGUCCCCUGACAAAGCAGAUAUCAGCAACGAUGGGCAUCCAUGGGCAUGGGCAGCAGACUCACUCACUGAGGGCCAAUGGCUGAAAAUAGACUUGGGAGAACGGAAGAACGUCACAGGGAUUGUGACCAAAGGCAGCAUGACAAACGGGUAUAACUUCUAUGUGAAAACAUAUAAGGUUUCCUACAGCAGAGAUGGGAAAACCUGGAGAACCUAUAAGACUAGAAACAGCAAGGAAGGCAAGAUUUUUGAAGGCAACAUGAAUGACCCCCGAUCGGUUCGCAACAACUUUAUCCCAUCUUUCGUGGGGAGGUAUGUUCGCAUUACACCACAGACAUGGUACCAAAGAAUAGCUAUGAAGGUGGAGCUGCUUGGUUGCAAGGCCUCGCAAAGAACCCGAAUUGGUAUACCCCGUAGUUCAAAACCUUUACCCAAGCCAACGGAGCACCCCACAGAAAGCAGCACUUCGGUAAACCCAGUGAUGGUGGAGAAACACUCACCAGGUUUUAAUUUGAUGCUGAUACUUAUUGUAGUUGGUUCUGUAGUAAUCAUUUCUACAGCUGUCCUGUUGCUAUGUCUAUACUGCGUGAAAAGGAAGACAGGAUCAAGAUUGGACUGCUCUUUCUUAACAGUGUGCGACAAAUCAGUCAAAAAGCAGAACUGUCAAAGGGAUCUUCACCUGCCCACUGAAUCACAGAUUAUUACUUACAUCAGUGAGGAUGAGUCUGGUGGGUAUAUCACAGGAAACAACUUGUCAGAGUAUGCAGAGCCUGAUAUUAUUCAGGUGGGGAUAACAGCCCAAAAAGCCUCAUCUACUUUCAAGCCCCCAGUAGACGAUGGCUACACUAUACCACUUGUUGUAAGUCACUAUGAUGUUCCUUUUUCGGGGAAGAGCCACGAAUAUGCGGAACCAUUAUCUAACCAGGAGCCGGAGUAUGCUACUCCAUUUGUUGAGCAAAGUUCAGACUCGGAACCUUCCGCAAAGAAAAAUGUCUACAUAGUAAAAGUCAUUCCACCCAGUCAAGAAGCACUAUAGAAGCCUCAGUCAAGCCAGCUGUGCUGCCUCUGUACAUUUGUCUCAACCAAAAAAGAUACAGAUUUCUGUCACGUACUGAACCUUUCCAAAGGUUGCCAGGCAAAAGAAACAAGUCAAAAGCAGCGAGCAGAAAGGUACAACAUCACGUAAAUUACACCAAAGAAACCUCCUGUCUGCCCUAGUGACUCUGUUAUGUCAGUGCACUAUCAAACACAUGAUCAUGCACAGUAAGUACUUGUGUAUGCUUUAAAACUGCCUGUCACUCCUGAAUUCAAAAGGAAGUUGGCAAUACAAUAUUAUCAGCCAAGUCACAGAGAGCAGCUCCAGGGCAAGGGGUCAACACUGACACCACUAAGUGAAAACCUUGAACUCUGAAUAGUGUACCUGAUGGUGUUUCCAACAGGGAAUGUUUUGAUAAUCAUGUUAUUUAAUGUAUUUUUUAAGGACUGAAUAGGUAAAAGCACUUCAUAAAAUAGGAAUGGAUGGGAACAUGCAUUAAUUGCUCAUUUUUGUUACAGAAUAUUUUUUACAACAGAGAAAACUGAUAUUAUUUAACCAACAAUUAAUCAGAUUUGUACGAAUAAAAUGUGACGUCUAGGUUUCGGUACAGACUCUUUCGAAAUUCAAAACAAUGGGAUUUACAGUCCUUGGCACUGCACACUUUCAGGCCAAUUUCUCAGAAUUAUCUUUAACAAACAAUGAAGUGAUUUCACAAUGGAAUUUAAAUACAGAAUAAAUACACGGGAGCGAUUUCAGAGCAGCCACUUCUCGGAGUCAUUCAUAAAGAAGAUGUACAGCUAAUCUUAGAGCUUCUCAUGAAAAAUUACAUUGAAUUACAACAAUGAAAUUAUAUAUUGGAUCUAAUGUUCUUCCAGUUUAAUUUCUUUUCUUUGCAUCCUGUUGGUUUUGAAUGUUCAGGUCUCCCUGUGAAGUGGAAAUGAUAAGAUAUUCUAAUUAAAGAAUUGUUGAUAGCUAAAUGGUUAUACCAUGGUCUAGCAAAAAUCUAUUAUGAUUAAUGGGAUAAAACAUCCCUAUCAGAACAAUAACUGAGUCAUUAUAAUCUUGUUGUUUGUGGGAUUUUCCUAACAACAAUUGGCUGCUAUAUUGCCUACAUCACAACAGAGACAUAAUUUCAAGAACCAAAUCAUUGGCUGUAGAGCAUUUUGGAAUGCCCUGAGGUUAUAGAAGGUGCUACAAAUCUACUGUGCAGAUUUAUAUGCCAGAUGAGGCCUAUGGCAGUAAUUUUUUCCACAAAAAUAUUUUGAAUAUAACAGGAUGACUGGUUUACAAUGCAGAAUGAUGCUAGCAGCAUGAGUUCAAUACCCACACUAUCUGAGGUUGCAAUGAAAGAUUCUCCUUCUCAGUCUCUCCCCUCACAUGAGAUAUGGUGACCCUCAGGUCAAACCAUCACCAGUUGCCUCCCUGUAAUGAGAGAGCAGCCCUAUGGUAUGGUAAUACAGUGAUAACUUAAUCUUUUACACAGAAGUAUAGGUGAAAUAAUUUAAUACAUACUAACCAGUUGUUUGGAGAUGCAAACCACUUGCACCAGGAACUCAGCUGAAUUGGUAAUGAGUGGAAUUCAUUGAAUCAUAGAAUCCCUACAGUGUACAGAGAGGCCAUUUGGCCCAUCAAGUCUGCACCGACCCUCAGAAUAGCAUCCCACCCAAACCCCACCCCCUCACCCAAUUCCUGUAACCCUGCAUUUCCCAUGGUUAAUCCACUUAGCCUGCACAUCUGGAUACUAUGGGGAAAUUUAGCAUGGCCAAUCCACCUAACCUGCACACCUUUAGACUAUGGGAGGAAACUGGAGCAACCUGAGGAAUCCCACACAGACACAGGGAGAAUGCACAAACUCCACACAGUCCCCAAAAGCUGGAAUUGGUUCUGGUGCUGUGAGGGAGCAGUGCAACCAUUAAGGCACCAUACCAUUCAAAUUAGCUGAACUUGACUUGAGAUGACGGUGGUGUGAUGGAAAUCCAUUUGAUUGGGUAGUGGGCUUUGCUGUGAGCAUUAGCAUCAUGCCUUUGGGAUGGAAGAUCAAAAGAAAAGAUAUCCGGUUAAACAGAUGCAACAUUGUGAGAAUUACUGAACCUUACAAAGACUCCUGAGGAUUCAGCAACCAAGCAAAUUGAAAGGAAAUUUGGGAAAGUUGAUCCAUCCAGAUCUCUGACACUUACCUGAAGGUCCUGCUGAGAAUCUGAGAGAUUGAGGUAAUGUUGCCCAUGAACAGGAAGAACAGACCAGCCUGUCAAAACUAACUGGUAUGAAUGUAAGUGGAACAAAUGUGGUCCCUCUAAUCUGGAUACAGAAUGCCAGGAGUUUCAAGGAUCUUGGGAGGUGGGUAUAGUGAGUGGCGUAUGACUUUCAGGUGCCAAGCCCCAUACUCUGACUUUCUCAGUAAUCCUCUGUACAACACUCCCCCUGACCAACAGUCCAUUCAUUCCAUUUCCCCUCAUCCCCAUCCUCUUAGCCAACACAGGGUAUCUUCCUUAUCUUAAUCAUGUUUUGUGGUCAUCAUCAACAAACUUUGCUUUCCCUCCUCUCGUAAUUCAUUUCUCAUGCUGCUAACUCCGUAUUUUCUCUCCCUGUAGAAGUACAUGCAGUGGUCCAGAGAAAGGCAGAGAAUUAGGUUUGAAAUGACCUUUCAAUGUGAGCCAUUGGCAUUACAUACUCAGCUGGUCUGCUGAGUAGCAGAUCCUGCCUCAAGAGGCUACAGACAUCAACAAUAAUUUGCCAAGAAAGCCUGAGAUUCUUGAGGCAUCAAUGCUCAGACUUAUAAAGAUCUUCUGUUGACUCCAAUUCAGGAGUCUUGCCUCUGUCUGGAACUUUAUGUCCAUCCCCUCUGCCCUGGAAUGGAGCAAGAAAAGAAAUAUCAGGUCUAACCUGUGAUUACAGGAUUUCAUUAAUGGCAGUGUAAAAUUAAUCCUAAUAUUGAUUAAUUAAAUAGGCUACAAUAAAGUAUUCCAGUUAUUGUUGUGUAGCUCUGCUGUAACAUUUUAUCCUCUUACAUGUGAUGCCACUUAAUAUAUAUCAUGUCAUAUCAUGAGUAUGGUCACAUUGUCUUUGUUAGAACAAAGGUGAACCAAAUGUUGUUUGGAAUUCCCUUUAAGGAAAAUAGACAUAUUAAAAUAUUAUGAAGAUUUUGUAAUUGGAUGUGAAAAAUGCCCUGUCAUCUUCCUGCUUACUGUAAGAGUGCUGCACUGAGUACAUCUCCAUUCACACAAGUCAGGGAUCCAUAUUAUUAAAACUUCACAAUCUUACACUGAGAGAAAUUACGUGGAAAAUGGGAAGGCUGAUGUGACAGCAGCCCUUUCAGUUCAUCCCAUGGCAUCAUUCUAAAGGAGACCACGAAGGUCAAGCAAUUUGUCACAGUUACAGGGUGGCACAGUGGCUCAGUGAUUAGCACUGCUGCUUCACAGCACCAUGGACCUGGGUUCAAUUGCACCCUUGAGUGACUGUAUGUGUGGAGUUUGAACAUUCUCGCUGUGUCUGCAUGGGUUAUCUCUGUGUGCUCCAGUUUCCUCCCACAGUCCAAAGAUGUGCAGGAUAGGUGGAUUGGCCAUGCUAAAUUGCCCCAUUGUGUUCAGGGAUGUGCAAACUAGGUGGAUUAGCGAUGGGAAAUGUAGGAUUACAGAGAUAGAAUAAUGGGUUGGGUCUGGGUGGGAUGCUCUGAGGGGUCAGUCUGAACUCGUUGGGCUGAAGGGCGUGUUUCCACACAGUAGGGAUUUUAUUCUAUUCUACACUUGCAGAGAUUGCACUUGCACUACACAGAUGAGACACAGUCAUAUGCAGGGUCCCGUUCUCUGCAAAUAAAUGGAAUAUAAUCAAGACUUGUGUCAUUUCUGACACAACCUCUACCAAGUAGAAGGAUAAGGACAGAAGGUGUGUGGUUUACCAGGAACAGUGUACCUUUUAAAGUCUAUAUCCCAUAAAGAUGUUGGUGCAUAUAAUUAACUUGGUUGCUGCUAAAGUUAUCAAACAGAAAUUAUGGAAAAUAUAAACAUAUUUAGAAGUCUAGAUAACAAAUCUUGCAAAAAAAUUACAUUUAUUACAAGUAUUGUGAGUAUAGAUUGGGCAUAAAUAUUUUGGAAGUAUUGGGUAAUUAAACGCAGUACAUUCCUGUGAUUAUCAUUAUAAACAUGCUGCGUAUAAAACUGUUAGAGAUUAAAUAACUUUUACAGCAUGGAUAUUUAAGGAAAGAAUAUGUAAUAGUCACAGCUCGAUACUAUUUGACUAACAUUAUAUUUCAUCUUAAUCUGAACUAAAGCAAGUUAUUUCCAAAGCUGCUUCCCUGAAAGCGAAUCUGGAGCUUCCCAUUUUGCAGGCGCAAUCUGGCAGGACAGUUCCUGCUCCACAGAAAGCUGACAUUAGCAAUUCAAACAGGAGUAUUGAGUGCUGUGGACAGAAUUCUGUGGUUGAGAGCACCCCCUUCUCAAGACUGAAAAAAAAUUAUGAGAACAGAUUUGCAGGAAAAGCAAAACUAUUCUUUACACCACUUGUUUCUAGCAAUUGUUAUAUACUCCUGAUGGCUGUUGAAGCAGCUUUUGCAUUUGGCUAUUGUUUCCAUAACAAUGUAUCGGGAAUAUUUUAUCAUUUUCUGUUACAGGUCAGAUUUUUUAAAUUGUUUAUUCAGCAAAUGAUGCAACAACAUUUGAAUCAUGUCAUGAAAUAGCUAGCUUGAAACUCUAUAAAGGAUCCUAUUUUACAGUUGGCAUUUAUUGAUGAAUUUACAGCCUGCAAUGAAUGGCAAAAUUAAUUCUAUCAGUUGCAGACUGGAUAUGACCAACCAUGUUAUUAGACAGCAUCCUAUGAUUUCGCAGGAAACCUAUGUUAACGAUGGCACUCCCAAAGUUAAUUUUAUACGGGUUGCCUGUACAUCUCAGCUUCAAUUUCAUGUCACUGCUGAGUUAGCAAUCUCAGCUUUAGUGACAAUAAGGGCACUGCAGUUAUUGUCAGUGCUUCCUGAGUUUGGAGAAAAAAUUUUUUACAUCAUCCCAUUUCCUCCUCGGAAUCCAUUAUUUCUCCAACUGUUAUUCGAUGGGGUGAGCUGAGAAGUGUUUGUUGUUUGAGGACAAAUUGUGCUCAGUUGUGAUACCUCGAUGGUUAAUUAGCCUACAAAUAUCACAUUCUCAGGUUGCACAAGCCAUUGGGAUGAAAUACUAAAGAACGCUAGAGGCCUAUUCAUAGUACAAGUCAAUACCUCUGAGGGUGGAUUCACAAAGCAUGUUCACACAGUGAUUUCUUUAUGCACAUUUUCACAAUUCAGUCAAACAUCUUAACAUCCACUUUGCAGAUAAAUGCUAUUUCAUUUGCAAUAUUGGCAAACAUAAAAUCAAAUCACUGGCAAAAAUAAAUGUAAGAUUAUUUACAUAAUGUAACAAAUUCAGAUUCACACCAUGGUACAGCCUUUUAUUUCAUCUCUAUUAGAUGGUUGUCACUAUGGUAAUAAUUCAAUCACAGGUGCUCUAAUGAAGGUUGUAAAUGAGUACAAUGUUCCCUAUUACUGCCAUUCGAUAUUUAUACGUUCACUAGAAUAACUAUCAUAUUAAAAGUACAAGUGUAAUUGCUAUUCUAGUGCCCUAGAAUACUUCAUUUUAAUAUAGCAGAUGCUGCAUACACAGAUGGAACAUCAUUAGGGAAAUAUCUUUGUUCCUCUGCAGAUUUAUUAUUUGAGAUGUGUACGUUGCCUUUCUGCAGACCUGUAUGCACUAUGUGUAAAAAUAUGCUCGAGCGUCAAGGAACACAAGUCUUUUGUUUGAACAGGAAAAUAUAUGAAUCUGCUUGUUUUAAAGACUGUAAAUAAACAUACUGGCUAAUA